CUCAUGUGCACCUCGUGUAGAGAAAGUACUUGCGGCGGAAAGAUCGCAAUGUGGAGAGCGCUGCAUUAAACUUUAUUUAGGACAAUUCAAAGUAUUUCAAAAUGUUAGUGUUGUUUGAAACCGCAGCUGGCUAUGCCAUUUUUAAGGUACUGGAUGAGCAGAAACUUCAGCAGGUGGAUAGCCUGUGGAAGGAGUUUGAGACGCCAGAAAAAGCCAACAAAAUUGUCAAACUAAAGCACUUUGAGAAGUUCCAAGACACGACAGAAGCUCUUGCAGCGGCAACGGCGAUGGUGGAAGGAAAACUGGGGAAGAGCCUAAAGAAAAUUCUCAAGAAAGUUGUGGCCAAAGAGGCUCACGAACAGCUGGCCAUCACUGAUGCUAAACUAGGUGGCGUCAUUAAGGAUAAGCUGAACCUGAGCUGUGUGCACAGCCCUGCUGUGGCGGAGCUCAUGAGGGGCAUCAGGAAUCAGAUGGAGGGACUUAUCACAGGUCUACCUGCUAGAGAGAUCAGCGCCAUGUCUCUCGGCUUAGCACACAGUCUUUCCCGUUACAAGUUGAAGUUCAGCCCGGACAAGGUGGACACAAUGAUUGUACAAGCCAUCUCCCUGCUGGAUGACCUGGAUAAGGAGCUCAAUAACUAUAUCAUGCGCUGUCGGGAAUGGUACGGCUGGCACUUCCCUGAACUUGGAAAGAUCAUCACGGAUAACUUGGCGUACUGCAAGAGCGUACGGAAAAUUGGGUUUCGCACAAACGUGGCAACGACAGACUUAUCCGAGUUUCUGCCCGAGGAAAUUGAGGCUGAGGUCAAACUGGCGGCAGAGAUCUCAAUGGGCACAGAGGUGUCUGAUGAGGACAUUGCCAACAUUAUGCACCUGUGUGACCAGGUGAUUGAAAUUUCAGAGUAUCGCACACAGCUGUACGAUUACCUGAAGAAUCGUAUGAUGGCUAUUGCGCCAAAUCUGACAGUAAUGGUGGGAGAGUUGGUAGGAGCCCGUCUUAUAUCCCAUGCAGGAUCCCUCCUGAAUUUGGCCAAGCACCCUGCAUCCACCGUGCAGAUUCUCGGUGCCGAGAAAGCUCUGUUCCGCGCUCUGAAAACCCGACGUGAUACGCCCAAAUACGGUCUCAUUUACCAUGCUUCCCUUGUGGGCCAGACCACAGCCAAGAACAAGGGCAAGAUCUCCAGAAUGCUUGCUGCGAAAACAUCCCUGGCUAUCCGUUACGACGCCCUGGGAGAAGACACCAACGCGGAGAUGGGUAUCGAGAACAGAGCCAAGCUGGAGGCCCGAUUACGCUACCUGGAGGAAAAAGGGAUCAGACGCAUCAGUGGAUCAGGCAAAGCUUUGGCAAAGGCUGAUAAAUACCAACACAAGAGCGAUGUAAAACUAUACGACCCAUCCGGUGACUCGACAAUCCCUGCAAAGAAGAGGAAGUUUGAAGAGGUAGAGGAGGGUGACGAGGAAGAGAAGGCUGUGGAGGUCAAACCCAAGAAAGUGAAGAAGGAAGCCACGCAAGCAGAGGCUGAGGCAGAAACAGAGACACCGAAGAAGAAGAAGAAAAAGGAAAAGAGGAAAGCGGAGGAGGAACCCAAAUCUGAGGAGGAGGAGGAGGCGGCCGCCGUCAGUCCAGUAGAGGAGACAACAGAAAAGAAAAAGAAAAAAAAGAAGCGAGUGGCUGAGGAGGAACUGAAGGAGGAGGUGGAGGAGGCUGCAGUCAGUCCAACAGAGGAGACAUCAGAAAAAAAGAAGAAAAAGAAGAAAAAGGUUAAAGAAGAGGAUGAAUAGGACUUUUUAAAAACAUUUCUUCUUCAUGGACUUUGUAUAUAAAAUGUUUUAUAGUGUUUCUGGACACCAUGUAAUGUCAGAUCUCUUUUUGUGUUUCCGGCCCAACUCAUACUCAGCAGUUAAAUCAGACUAUGAAAUGUUUUAUUUUUUAUUUUAAGAGGACACAUUUCCUUUGCCUGUUGCUUGAUUUGAAAAUAAGAUUUAUAAUUUCAUACUCUCGUGAGCUUUAUAUAAAGCUGUACCAGAACAUACAGUUAAACUUUUUUUUGUAGUCUAGGUUUUUAAUUAAAAGUAAAAAUUGGGUCUUAUAAGAACUGAUUUGUGAUGUAAGACUGAGUUGUUUCUGUCUCAGGUUUAUUAAAUACUGUAUGUCUCUGUGUUCUUGCA